AUGGGUCAUCAUCAUCAUCAUCACGGUCAUCACGGUCAUCACCAUCAUGAUACCAUUACCUACACCACCGGCGUUUAUGGUGCUCCAGUCGUCCCAAUGGUCCAACCAAUGGUCCAACCAAUGGUUCAACCAAUGCCAAUCUACGGUCAACCACCAAUGAUGGGUGCUCCAGUUAUGGUCCCACCACCAAUGAUGGGCGCUCCAGUUAUGGUCCCACAACCAAUGGUUUAUCCAACUACCACAGUCGUCUAUGAAACUGGUCACCAUCACCACCACGGUCACCACCACGGUCAUCACCAUGGUCACUUCUUUUAA